AUGCCGCCGCCCCGCCGCGCCCGCCUGGUGGUGGCCCAAGAGGAGGAGAGCGACGACGUCAGCUCCAGCAGCUCCGAAAGCGAAGACCCGGUGGACGGGUCGGAUGACGACCCAGGUCAGGAGGACGAGGAGCAGGAGGGGUCGGACGAUGGGGACGAGGACGAAGAGCGACGGGACCCCAGCGCCGCGCAGCGCCGCGGUGGCGGCAGCGGCACGGGCGGCGCCAAGCGCGCGAAGCCCAUAUCUGUUUCGUUGAAAAAGAAAGGCGGCGACGUGUGCCACGUGUGCGGGGUGAAGGGCCACCAAGCGGGGUUCCAGGGUGCUGUCUACGUGGACUGCAUCAACCGGCCCUGCUUCCUCUGCAAGACCCCCGGCCACACCACAGCCACGUGCCCCCACAGAGUCGACCCCGGCUUUGACACCCGCGCGGAGAAGCCCACCGGCGGCGCGCCCUCCGCCCCGGCCCUGCUCUUGGACUGCGAAACGACCGGCCGCCGCCUCAGCGGCCGCGAGCUGCCGUGCUCGUUCGGCCGCUGGCAGGUCGAGUGCGCGAUCCUGAAGCUGCACUCACGGCGCGUGACGACGCUGGCCUUCCCGCCAGACAGCGACAGGCUGGUGGUGGCGGGGGACAAGAAGGGCGGGGUGGGGAUCUGGAACUUUGAGGAGGCCCAGCACCAGGUGCUGGUGAACCUGAACCCCAACGGCUGGAACAAGGCCGUGCGUUGGGAGAUGAUGUAUGGGCUGGAUGCCGUGGGGGGGGCCCUGGGUCACGAUGCGCAGGCCCUGCUGGCCGGGGACAGCGAGGGCCGCCUGCAUGUGCUAGACCCGCGCGCCGGCAGCAUCGGCAGCAGCGGCGGUGCAAGUGGCAGCGGUGCAAGCGGCGGGGGCGGCCGGGGCGCGGCCGUGGCGGUGGCGCUGCUGCAUAAGGCGAAGACGCGGAUAUGCAGCGUCGCGGCGCAGCCGCUGGGCGCGCCAAAGGCGAUGACCGCGGGCAACGACCACACCGUGCGCAUCCUCGAUCUGAGAAAGCUCUCAAAUUUCCUUGGGGGCGGCUCUUCAACCAGCAGCGGCGGCGGCGGCGGCGGUGAGGACGGCGGCGGCGCAGACCUUGAUGGCACUGGCAGCGGCGGCGGCGCCGCCAAGGAUGGCGCAGCCGGCGGCAGGGGCCGCGGGCGAGGCAAGGGCGCGGCGGGCGGCAGGGGUGCGAGGGGUGGUGCGGCGGCGGCGCACCCGUGCCAGCUGGCGCUGCUGCAGCACAAGAGCGUCAUCAACAGCGCCUGGUACUCGCCGGUGACGGGCCGCAAGAUCAUGACUACGUGCCAGGUCGGCGCCCCCGGCUGCGGGGGCUGA